CAUAAAAAAUCUUAAAACAAAAAAAAAUUUGGAACAAUGAUUGAACCGUACGAGCCAAGUUUGUUAUGGCUGAUCAUCGUUGGAUUUUUGGUUGCAUUUGGAAUGGCCUUUGGCAUCGGAGCAAAUGAUGUGGCAAAUUCAUUUGGAACCAGCGUUGGGUCUAAGGUGCUCACGAUAAGACAGGCUUGUUAUUUGGCUUCUUUCUUCGAGAUCAGUGGAUCUGUUCUAAUCGGUUACAAAGUGUCGGAUACAAUGAGGAAGGGUAUUUUGGAUUUAUCGAUGUACGAGGAUGCUGAACGAGAGCUGAUGUUGGGUUGUAUUGCAAGUUUGGGUGGCAGUGCCAUUUGUAUGUUAUUAGCAACUUUUUUGAGGUUACCCAUUUCUGCUACGCACAGUAUUGUUGGAUCCACUGCUGGUUUCAGUUUGGUUGCAAGAGGCACUAGGGGCCUACACUGGAGCACCCUGUCAUCCAUAGUCGCCUCCUGGUUCAUUUCACCAGCUUUGUCCGGUGCCAUUUCAGUUUGCAUUUAUUAUUUGAUAAGGACGUUUAUUUUAAGGGCCAAGGAUCCGUUGAGGAACGGUUUUAGGAGUAUUGCAGUAUUUUAUGGAGUUACAGUAUUUAUUAACGUAUUCAGCAUUGUUCACGAUGGACCUAAAUUACUCCAUCUGGACAACAUUGCCGUAUGGAUAUCAGUUUGUUUAGCUCUGGCUUUUGGUCUAACGACCGGCAUUUUAGCACAAAUAUUUAUUUUACCUUGGCAAAAACGUAAAAUUGCUGAAGAUUCUGUGAUGUUUACCGUAGGGGAUUCAAGUGCUGAGCCUUCAUUAAAUAAUAGCCCGACCACAGAGAAAAAAUUGGCAAUAAAUGACAAUAAUAUUUUGGUACCAGAAAUUAUAGAAUCUCACGAAAUGUUGCAACUGAGCAAAAAGGAUGGAAGCAAACAAACCGAUGUUGAAAUUGGAAAUAAAGUCUCGCCGAAGGUUAAGAAUAUUUUUGCCAGCCUGGACGAUAUGGAUUUGACCAUCACCAGUUUGAACUACAUAGAUGAUAAUGGAGCUAAAAACCUCAAACAAAACGAGAAGUCCCAAAACGGAAUUGCAGUCAAAUUCGACAAUGGUCUAACCACUGAACCUUUGGACACCAAAGUGGAAUCCGAUAAACUAACAGGAAACCUUUUAAUAGCCCCACAAUCCUUAAUGGUUAACAAUAUGUCAGCGACCAGUAAAGACAUGAGAUCCAUGGACAGUGCAGCGACAUUAAAUUCACAACUGUCAGGAACUGCACCCUUGUUGAAACAUAAGAACCAGGUUCGAGUCAUGACUCCACAUGAAGAUAGGGCUGUGUCGAGGUUGUUUUCGUUUUUGCAAGUGCUUACUGCUGUUUUUGGAAGUUUUGCACAUGGAGGAAACGAUGUCAGCAAUGCAAUUGGCCCAAUAAUUGCAAUGUGGUUGAUUUUUGCUGAUGGUAACGUUUUACAAAAAUCCGAGACACCACUUGGUAUCUUAUUGUUUGGUGGUUUCGGAAUGGUAACCGGUCUUUGGAUAUGGGGUAGAAGAGUUAUCCAAACUAUUGGAGAAGACUUGACAUCGAUCACUCCAUCAACGGGUUUCACCAUAGAAAUCGGUUCAGCCUGCACAGUCCUCCUCGCAAGUAAACUCGGCCUACCAAUCAGUACGACGCAUUGCAAAGUCGGUUCUGUUGUCUUCGUAGGCUGGGCGAGCGCCGAGAAAGGAGUCGACUGGUCCUUGUUCCGAAAUAUAGUAUUCGCCUGGAUUGUUACUGUUCCUUUGGCCGGUUUGUUAUCAGGUUUUAUUAUGUACAUAUUGCAAAUAACAGCUCUGUAGUUGAACCAAAGUCUUCGAGUCGAAAAAUUUAGAUUGAAGUAAAUUAAAUUGUUUUUUUUUUGGAAAAAAUUCUCGUUUCUACCUCAU